AGUGGAGCAAAAUGACCUGAUAUUCUUACCGCGACGAUGGGCCGCUACGGCGAUGAGGGCGGCGCGGAAACGACUACUGACUUGCCUAUCCAGCUCCGCCGAGCCUCAUUCAUCCUUCCCAAAACGGGCGAGCGCUCUAAGCGCCAGUUUACGCUUCGCGAUGCUUCCGCUCGCAUGUCCCAGGGCAACAGCCCCGAACAAUCACGAUCCUUUCUGAACGGCGAUAGCAUCCGAUUGCCGUACGAUGAAGGCGAGUACGAGGAGCCGACGCGAUGGCAGCAGAUCCAAGAUGUCAUCCAGGACCGCGCGCAACGAUUCCGGAAUUUCGCAGUCAGUCCGACUGGCCAAGGAAUCUUCAAAUGCUCCAUCGGCUAUCUAUUGGGCUCUAUGGCCACCUUGAUCCCCAGUAUCGCCAAGUUCUUUGGUGAUAAACAGGACUCGAAGCACUUGGUCGCCACCGUGACGGUCUACUUCCACGCUGCGAGAACAGUGGGCAGCAUGCAUGAAGCUACAGUUCUAGCUUUGAUGGGCUUCCUAUAUGCCGCAUUCCUCAGCUUCUCAAGCAUGGGCGUGAGCAUAUUCUUCGCUCACCAGGAUUUGAUUGUAGUCGGCCAUGCGAUCGUCUUGGUUGUAUUUGUUGCCGGAGGGUUCGGCUUGAUGGCAUAUGUCAAGCAGCGAUUGGGAAACCCACUCGUCAAUGUUGCGAUAUCUCUGGCUUCGCUUGGAAGCAUUACCAUCUUGCUGAGGGAGGGCUCGAUCCAGGCAGGAUCUUUCUCUUACGAAAGGAUCACACAGGUCCUGGGCAUGGUCAUCUUGGGAAUCAUCAUCGCAAGCGUGGUCAAUUUCGUGAUCUUUCCGACAUUGGCGAGGAAGAAGCUUUCGGAGCAGAUGGAGAAGAACACUGAUCUGCUCGGCGAGAUGCUCAUAUCCAUCACGCGUGCGUUCCUACAUGGCCGCGAGCAGGAUUUGGAGGAUGACUACUUCAAGACUUUGGCGAAAGAACAUGCGUCGAGCUUGAAUGUUAUGAAGAAGAAUUUGAACGAGGCGAAGAAGGAGCACUAUGUUCUGGGUGAUGAGAGGCUGUACAGGGCGCAAGCUAAAGUCGUCUCGUGUCUUGCUGGGCUGUCGCAGGAUCUGGGAGGCUUGAGAAGUGCAGCAUUGGCACAAUUUGCAUUUCUCCACGAACAAGAGCAGAAUGUGAUCUAUGGAAGGUCGCUAAGCCCGGUGGACAACGAGUCUUGGAUUGCGAGUCCGACCAUGACGAGCCCACCGAUCGAUGCCCCGGCGCAGAACUAUCGCAACCUUGCUGUGAUCAAUGAGGUUUCCGAGGGCGGAUCAGCCGAGCAGUCACUGCCAAAUGGAAAUGGCUUGCCAGUGGGGGGACACGAACGAACGACAAGUGACAUGUCCAACUUCAAGAAUGGCUACUUUGUCACUCCAAGCGGAACGGCAACACCGUACUCAACAUAUACGGAUUACUCGACACGUGAGCACGAGCCUUACACGCCUGGUGGGCAGCUCGCAAAGAGCCCUGGCGACAUGUUUGUGGCGUUCAUAAGCCAGCUAGGCCCUCCGACUAAGUCUCUAGUAUACACUGUGAAGCAGGUACUGGACGAGUUACCAUUCAAAGAAGUGAGGACGCCGGGCUGGAACCCAUGGACCGUGCGAGAGUUGGAAGUGGCCGUGAGCGAGCAAUUUCACGACAGUCUGCGGGACGCGGUGGAGCUAUAUCGAGAGGAGCGUAAGCAUGCUCUCUCUGCACUGUACCAGAAUCGGGCAAUUAGUGCAGCAGUAAAUGCCCAGCACGACAGCAAGGGUGCGUUCGGAACGCGACCUCAAACGCCCGGCAACCACUCGCCUGUCAGUGUGAGAACCGACAGAAGGCAAAACACUCUCUUUGACCGACAGCCUGAGGAGGUGUUGGCAGAUAUUGAGGAAGUUUCUGCCUGCUGCGGGCACUUCUCUUUUGCGUUGCUCGACUUUGCCGAAGAUGUGCUCAAUUACCUGAACGUUUUAGAUGAGCUUAAAAUCGAGAUGGAGUCGCCACGACGGAGCUGGAACUGGCUUAAAUUCUGGCAAAAGGAAAGGAAGCCGGACGGCACCGUCAGUCCACGAGCAAGCACUUAUCCGGAGCACAACGAAGAGCCUGACAGUGGGUACAAGAUACCGGAGGAUAUCCGCAAGGCAGAUCGUCUCAUACCCACGACACACAGCUUCUUGUUGGAUAAGCCUUGGUACUAUGGAGUGUACAGGGCAUUCCGCUGGAUCCGGCGAGAUGAUGUUCGAUUUGCAAUCAAAGUUGGCCUGGGCGCAGCUUUGUAUGCUCUACCGGCCUUCCUGCGCGAGACCAGGCCUUUCUUCCUGCAUUGGCGAGGUGAGUGGGGUCUGGUCUCGUACAUGGUCGUAUGCUCCAUGACAGUCGGUGCAACGAACACGACGGGUUUCAAUCGGAUCUGGGGAACGAUCAUUGGCGCCGUCUGCGCUACCCUUGCAUGGCUCAUAGCAAACCAUGAUGGAGUUGCCAAUCCUUAUAUUCUCGGAUUCUGCGGCUGGUUGAUGUCACUCUACGGGUUUUACGUGAUCGUGGGACAGGAUAAUGGGCCGAUGGGACGAUUUAUCAUUUUGACUUACAACCUGAGUGCGCUGUACUCCUACAGCUUGAGCAUCAACGACAACGACAAUGACGAUGACGAGGGUGGCGUCGAUCCUGCAAUCUGGGAGAUUGUUCUUCACAGAACUGUCUCCGUAACAGUCGGUACAAUCUGGGCUAUCAUCGUCUGCCGCUGGAUCGCACCAAUCUCCGCGCGUCACAAGCUCCGAGAAGGACUAUGUCUCCUCUGGCUGCGAAUGGGUUUAAUCUGGAAACGUGAUCCACUGGCUCUACUCCUGCUCGGCGAACCAGCAAGCGCAUACAUGGACAUCCGCGAAGAAGCAGAACUCGUCUCCUUCCUCGGCAAUCUACGAAGUCUACGAAAAGCCGCUUCAGCCGAAUUCGAAUUCCAAGGUCCGUUCCCCGACAAACAAAUCGGCAACAUGCUCGAUCGCGCCGGACGAAUGCUCGACGCCUUCCACGCCAUGAACGUCGUCAUAUCGAAGAACCUCCAAGCCACACCCGGAGAAGCCGCCGUCCUCAAAUACACUCGUCCCGAACGCUUCGCAUUAUCAGCACGAAUUUCCCAUCUCUUCACCGUCCUCGCCAGCUCCAUCAAACUCGAAUAUCCGCUCAAUGAUGUUCUACCAAAGAUUGACGACGCGAGAGACCGCUUACUUGCGAAGAUUUCGGAGUAUAGAAGGACCGGAGAAGGGAGGGAGUUGACUACAGAACAGGAUUAUGAGAUGUUAUAUGCUUAUGUGCUGGUUACGGGACAGCUGGCGAAGGAUAUUGAGGUUGUGGGACAGGAAGUGGAAGGACUGUAUGGGACGUUGAAUGAGGAUAACUUGAAUUUGCACUGAGUGCGUUUCUUGAUGAUACCAGGUUGCAUGGAAAUUGUGUAUGGAGUGGUAAGCAUUAGCGAUGGAUUAUACGAUUGGCGUGGCUUGUAAAGUAGCAAUACAGAUGGCUUUGGAUUCG